UUUAUUUUUAUUUUAUUCGCUUUUCUUUAUUUCUUUUUAUUUCUUUCUGUAAAUAUUUAAUGAACGUUAUUGCACCUCGUCCAAAAAAACCUUCCAAUAGCAUAUAUUGGCUAAAUAACAAUAUCCAGCAAGAUGCUUGUCUUGAAUUGCAACAGAUAUUACACUGCCAGAAUUCUUUAAACAAUUAUUCCUCUUGUAUAAUUCGCACUGGUAAUCCACUGGUUCAAGAUUCUAGUUUUAUUCCUCUUCACCAGGCAGUUUCUCAACUAUCUGUUUCUAGACGUCCUAGGUCUUAUAGUGUCGGUGAUCCCCGUGACCAUGUUCAACCUGUCUAUUAAUUGUAUAUAAUCCCCCAUAUUUUUUUUUAUUUGUUUAAUAGUCUUCUAUCCCCCCUCUUUUUGUAUACUUGUUCAUAUUUAUAAAAUAAACAUUUUCGCCCUGUACAGCGAUAAAUUGAACCGGAACUGGUCCCGUCGCGUAUUGAAUGCGGAGUUGUUUUCAAAGGAGUGAGUAAAUAAGAGCGAAUCAGGUAGCUUCAUCAUGC